AUGGCCUUCGCCUUCGGGUUCAAGUACGUCACCACGCACCCCAACUCGGGCUUCCAGCAGCAGUACCUCUCCCGCAUGGACCUCGACCACUUCAGCCUCGGGGUCAUGGGCCUGGAGGCGCUGUUCGUGCUGUGCGGCCAGCAGGCGGGCGACGCGGAGGGCCUGCGCGAGGCGCGCGACGCCUGGGCGGUGUUCUGGGCGAUCGUGGUGAAGCUGUUCCAGACGUUCCACACCCAGGAGGGGGGCGACGGAGGCGCGGGCGCUGCUGGCGCAGGCGCACGACGGCGCAGUCGGCGAGCUGGUCGCCUCCUUGCGCCGGCUGCGGCAGGCCUUGCGCGCGGCCGCGGCGCGACCCGCGAACGGCCGCUGGUCGGCGCUGCUGCUGGUGCUCGCCGACCUCGUGGACGAGAACGGCUGCACCUCGUGGGCGGACGUGUCCGCGCUCCUCUCGGAGGAGGCGGCGCCGGGCCCCAACUGAGAGGCAGUAGGCGCCGCUCCGCGCUGCGGCACGGCGCCUCUCGCGCGAGGCUGGGGUUAAUUAAGCCGGGGCUCGAUGGGUGGUUGGGGGCGCGGACGCGGGCCGCGGCGUCGGGCCGCUGUCGUGCUCCGGCGGGGCAUCGCUUCUGGGCGGCACCUUUUUGCUGCUCGCCCGGGGCCCCCCGCCAGGAGCGCCGCCCUCCGCGGAAGGCCAGUCGAGGCAACGUGAGAGCCUCGCCGGGCCUCGGGUCCUCCCGCCUCCCCCGCGGCUUGCCCCCUGUUCCCCGGUAUUGUUAUGUUUUUGCUCCCCCUUCUCGCUUCCACAUGCGACGGUGCAGCGUUGCUCGGAUUAAUCUAGGUGCGCACUGA